UCAAAACACGCCGUAGUGCUUUGUUGUUUCAUAAUAUUUAUUUUCAAUUUUUGGCUUCGAAUAUAGAAAAUUGUAUAGUAGUUGAAAUUGUACAUAAAAUGGAUAUUAAGGGAAUAAUUUAUGCUAUUCUAUGUGGAACAUACGAUAGUGUAAGGGGUAUGACUGCCCUGUUUCAUGUCGACAGAGAACUGAAUAAACGAAAAAAACAGUCUUCUCCCAACACAACUAUCCGAAGAAGAGAAUCCGAUAUAAGCAGGGAAAGCACACCAACCAAAAUCUCAAAACAAGAGGAUGAGCCAGCACUUAUGACUUUAAUUUUGAAAUUAAGUGUGUUCAAUGGAGGCAUAUUUCUGAUGAGCGUAUUAUUAUUUGAAUUUCUCAUAUUACCACUUAUUAAUAUCAUGAUAGUCUCCACUUUUGGAGAAGAUAUAAUGAUGAGUAAUAAGUAUUGGGAACUUACUAAAACACUGUUGACUAUUUUUUAUCAGACAACAUGGGUGUUGCCACUUCUACUGCUAAGCAAAAUAGUCAAUUGUUUGUGGUUCCAGGAUAUUGCGGAUAAGGCUUACAAAUACAGUCGUGGAAGACCGCUAAUCAAUCAGAGUAUUAGUAGAAUUGUGGCAGAUUCGAUUUUCAGCAUUCUAGUGCAAGUGCUAUUCCUGCUGCAAGCUACAAUCGUUGAACUAAUUCCGUUGUACAUAGUUGGGAAGAUAUUAGGAUUAGUUCACAUGUGCUUAUUGUAUUCACUGUACACUUUUGAAUAUAAAUGGUUCAAUAUGGGAUGGGAGUUGCACAGAAGAUUAUCAUUCAUUGAAACCAACUGGCCAUAUUUUAUUGGUUUCGGACUACCUCUUGCCUUCGUAACGCAGAUGUCGAGUUCUUGGGUUAUAAAUGGAUGCAUCUUUGCCUUACUGUUCCCUUGGUUCAUUGUGAGCGGGAACGAAGCAAAUCCUGUGACUAAUUCCAGCCAAUAUCCACUACACUUAUUUUCACCCGUGAUAGCGCUCAGUAAUGCCUUGUUCAAUAAAACAAUUGGAACUCGCUUUCAGAAACGAAAGGUAAAUAAUACUCCGACUCAUGUCAGGAGAUGAUCUUCGUUUACGUCCAUUGUGCAAAUACACUUUGUGUUCUCUUUAAUAAUUCUGAUGGCUGUUUAUUUCAAUUUGGAGUUUCUUUAGAUUAAUUCUAAUUAUGAAUAUUCAGUAAAGCAAUCUCGUCUUUGAAA